AUGUUAGACGUUUUUGUAGGUGAAGAAUCGAAUGACAUAAACAAAUAUGCAGCUGUUCUAUCCUCCAUCAAUUCUUUUCAAAGAAAAUUCCAAGAUAUCCUAGCAGCGGAGAGAAUUUUCGGAGAGAAAGAGAGCAAAGAAAAAUUCUCCAUACUAUUAUUAUUAUUAUUAUUAUUAUUAUUAUUAUUAUUAUUAUUAUUAUUAUUAUUAUUAUUAUUAUUAUUAUUAUUAUUAUUAUUAUUAUUAUUAUUAUUAUUAUUAUUAUUAUUAUUAUUAUAUUACAUCAGUCCCCAAUAG